AGUAUCUGAACAUCCUCCGACUAAAGAAUUUCGGAAUCAAAGGCUUUGUAGGAUUUCUCUCGUGGUGGUGGGCUUAGUUACCCGGUUAGAAACAACCGUAAUGUAUCGCAUGUGUAAUUGGGCCUAGUGGUAGUUAGUGGAAUCGUGCUGCUUUGCACGUACCCCAGUUCAACCCAGGCCGGAAUCUGUAGCGAGUUAGGAUGGGGUGGGACUCGUUUGCAGGAUAGGUUAUGAAGGGUUGGACAGGCUGGCUAAUUGUAAAUUAGAACCGGCUGUAGUGGGUUGGAGGGAGAAUUUGUCCCUAGUGACAUUUUCUACCACCUGCACACUAAAGAAGGGUUUAGUCACGCGUUCUGCUUACCUACAGCUAAUCGUCAAAUUCCCCGAUGCUAUUUUUUGAUUUUUGGCCGAUCGAAUAUAAGUUGCAUGAAUGAAUAGCUGAUAUAUCCCCUGGAAGACCUUGCUUCAACCUUCUCGUACUCGGGUCAACACUGGAAUAGAUUGGCGCUUCCUACAAUGCAUGAUUCUAGGAAGCAUGAAGAAAAAUGCAUCUGCGCUGUUUGCACCUGCGGCAGGCAUAAGUUGUGCAAAGUUGCAAGAACUGUGGAAGGGCAUCUUGACGCUCAUACCGAAUAUGGAGACAAUUAUGUGAAGUAUCAGACGGAGAGACGAUUGCGGGGAAAGGCCCAUCCCCAGCAGCUCUCAAUUGGAGGGGAUUUUUAUGGUUCUACUGAAAAUCGGGAAAAGUUUGUAGCUCACGCAUUUCCCCCGCAGAUGCCGCCCAAAAAGGUCGUAUAUGCUCGAAAUGACGCUCCGUUUGAUUCUACCACUACUCAGAAGCAUGACUUUCCUGCUUGGCCAAUCACCACUGUAUCAUCAAUGAGACCCAAAGCAAACCAUAUUGAGAACACCGCCAAAUUCGAUGGCCAGACCACCAACAGACGGGACUUCCGCCCGUUUGAAUUGCAGUCCAGGCCCUUUCGAAAGGCUGCUGACUACCUCAAACCUAAUACCAGAUUUGAAGGUGUAACGACGCACGAUGCAGAUUAUCGCGCUUGGCCUGUUCCUCCUCCAGCAAAGUCUCGAGAGGUAGCCAGCUACGUCAGUCCAACAGAAGACAGGGAAUUUAAGUCGACGACAGGCGCCACAUACGUGGGUCAUCAGUUACCCAGGAGUUCCUUGUCCAUGGCUCCCCGUCAAGCGUAUGUGGUGUCUCCGGUAAAGUUUGAAGGUGUCACCACCAAUCGAGACAGCUUCCGCCGUUGGACCUUACCGACCAAGGAACCGAAGAAAAAGGCUAUAUACACUCCUAACCAAUCCGUUUUCCAGGAUUCUACUACAUACCACGAUAACUAUCAACCGAAAACGGUGGAGAGGCUUCUGCGCAUUGUCCCCAAGUACCAAGCGGUUCCAACAAAGUUUGAUGCGACAAGCACACACCGCCUGGACUAUCAGCCUCCCGCACACCAAACUCGCGAGGCUGACUUCAGACCAAGGGCGACUUACAAUCCACAGCACGACGACCGGGACUGGGGGACGACUAUGCGCUCGCAAUACACCCCUAAACCCAUUCCACGCUGCCCGGCGGUGCCCUGGAUGCCUUUAGAGCGAGAAAGACAUGAUGAUGGGCAUGUCUACUUGACGGAUCGUUCCCGGCCGGCGCUAGCUGGGGUUGUAGUGUAGCUCCCAUAGCCAUGUCCCCAACUUUCUUUGGUCCAAAAUAAUAGCUCCAAUCUUACGUAAGCCAAUGGCACAGCAGUUA